AAGUCGGUGUGACACGCUGUCAGAAGCAACACGAAUCGUUGAAAGCAGCCUUUGAAAACCUUUUCUCUUUAAAAGAACAGAGAAGGGAUUUGUUAAUGUUUUGGUAAAUUAAAGAAUUUGGACUUCUUUUUUCGGUUCCUGAAAGAGAACAGGUGAAAAGAGAACGUGUUCAUUUUUGCUUAAAAAAGUCAUAUUUAACCUUCAGUCCGCGGCAGUCUCACACAGAAUUAAAUAAUGGAGGAUGAAGACGCUUGUCCAGAGUUGGUCCCCAUCAACACCCAGCCUGCCCCUCCAGUCCAGCAGAUUCCAGUCACCAUCAUCACAGGCUACCUUGGUGCUGGAAAGACUACACUUCUAAACUACAUCCUGACAGAACAACACAACAAGCGAAUUGCUGUCAUUCUCAAUGAAUUUGGAGAAGGCAGCGCUCUUGAGAAGUCCCUUGCAGUGAGUCAGGCAGGAGAGCUGUAUGAGGAGUGGCUGGAGUUGAGAAAUGGCUGCCUUUGUUGCUCUGUCAAAGACAACGGCCUUAAAGCCAUUGAAAACCUGAUGGAGAAGAAAGGAAAGUUUGACUAUAUCUUGUUAGAAACCACUGGACUUGCUGAUCCAGGAGCCGUGGCCUCGAUGUUUUGGGUCGACGCCGAGCUCGGCAGCGACAUCUAUCUGGACGGUAUUGUGACCGUCAUUGAUGCUAAAUAUGGGCUGCAGCAACUGAAAGAGGAAAAAGCAGAAGGACUUCUCAAUGAAGCAGCCAGACAGAUUGCUCUUGCAGACCUGACCAUUAUCAACAAAACGGACCUUGUAAACGAAGAAGAGCUGAACGAAGUCAGAGUCACUGUCCGGUCUAUAAAUGGUCUUGUCAAGAUUGUAGAAGCCCAGAGAUCGAGGGUGGAGCUCUCUGAGGUGCUGGAUCUGCAUUCUUUCGACAGUGAGGAUGGAGCCAAGUGA